UCUUUGUUCUCGGAUGAGAACAUAAAACAUAAAUACUUGUUGCUGCGUGGACUAGACGGUUUAAACAAACUAAUUAGUUGGUAUGAAGAGCGUUGGAGAAUGGAGAUUAAGUUGAUUUGGAUCAUCGUUUUAGCGGCUGUUUCGCUGGGGCAGAUUUCUCAAUGUGGGCCGAGGAGUAUGAAAAACAUUUUGCAUGGACAUAAGUCGGGCUUAGGCCUACCCCACAACAAAGUUGCAAUCGUCUCCAUAAGUGCCUUUAGGGGCGGCAACGACACUAAACAAUACCCCCUGCAAACAACCCGUAGCAGUUACAAGCCUGAGACUUCCGACAAGAUGUCUAGCCUCCCAAAGAAGAGGAAGCGGAAAAUGAGGAUGAUAAGACACAAACGCUGGUUCGGUUCGAAAGAAGACGUAAAUAAGGCUGUGGAGAAUGCUGACGAGAUCGCAGAUAACCUUCUCAGACACGGGCACAAGGCGAUGAGAGAACAUCAUACCCGCGAGCGACUGGAGACGGCGGCCGCACGCCGGACUACGUUCGCCGUCUGCUUCGGCAUCAUGGGAUGCUGCUUUGUCUGCACGGUGUUGACCGUCAAGAAACUCUGCUCGUAUGGCUAAGCACUACAACACCGGCCGUCAAAGUUGAUGUUUUACGAGACCACGGCGCCUGUAAGCUAGCGCAACGACACUUUCCCUGCAAUAUCUUUUUUGGCUUCGGACUUAUAAAUUGCACGUAUACAUUUUAAAACGGGUGAGAGUGUCGGGAAAUAUGGAACUUGGUUUGUCACUUUUCCUGCUGUUUUUUUUUGUUUGUUUGCUUGUUGGGUUUUUUUGUUUUCCGGGUGCGGGAGGAACUAGCCGCAUCCCUUGCUACCCUCAACUCGCGACGCUAUCGCCAGACGUACGUGCUGCAUAUUGUUAUAACGAAUCCUUUGGAAUCCGCGGGAUUUUUUUUCUUCAGAAAGAAAACCCACAACUAAUGCAGCUAGGAGCGUGCGCUGCAAUAAUUAAUUCAUACCGAUUGUACGAAGAAAAAAACCCGCAUAAACUUGCGAUUUCAAAAUGAAGAUAUAUUUACAUAAUACAUUCAGGUAUACCAAUGAACGCAGGACAACUGUACUUGUUGGGAGAAUAAACUUUGAUUUUUAUUUAACCAAGUUCACCUCAACAAAAGGAACAUUAAAGAUAUUAACCUCUUUAAGACAAAUUAAACUUAACAAACUACCAAAAAUUACUGAUGUGAAGUUUUGCCUAUAAGACCGCUAUGAAAAUUACAACGAAUAUUUGUUUUCAGUUUGCAUUUUCCCUGCAGCAAACAAUCUACGAGCGUUGCGAUGUAUAACAGUAAAAACUCUGGGGAAAAAGUCAUUAACCUCAGUACUGUCGUUCGUUUAAUUAUGUAUACAGGUUUAACUGUUAGCUAAAUUGUAAUUAGUGGCUACGGUGCAAAAUGCGUUAGUACGUACUAAGGAACCAUAUGUUUUUGUGUUAAUAAUUAACUACACUUUCAGUUUAACUUAGGCAUUGUUAGAUGUUGAUGCAUUUUGUAUUUGGAUUUAAAAUAUAGGCGUACAUUACUGUAGCUAAGUUCUUUUGACCACUUUCGACUACUUGGUUUCAGAUAAAAAAGAAAAACAUGUUCAUCGGUGCAAAAUUCCAUAUAUUACAAAGCAGAAAAUAUUGGCAGGCAAAUUUAUGCGUAAAGCAAAACCCGGCUUUAGAGCCAGUAA